AUGGGUGUUGAUGCCGUUCUGGAGUGUGUUAGGGCAACUGUUACUUCUCAGGACAAUAUGUCUCUGAGCAAGCCGGUUCUGGAGGAUGAGGUAUUGGUUGUCGUAAAGCAACUAGACCCUAUUAAAUCACCUGGGCCGAACGGAUUUACUGGCAGUUUCUACCAAAAAUUCUGGUCUACCAUUGGUGGUGACAUUCUAAGGUUGGUGCAGAGCUUUUUCCAUUAUGGAUGGAUGCACAGGAAGUUGAAUCACACUCACAUUGCUUGGAUCCCAAAAGUGACGAAUCCUAGGAGAAUGACACAGUGGCAACCUAUUUCGUUGUGUAAUGUGGUGUAUAAGAUUAUAUCCAAGGUGUUAACCAACCGCUUAAAGAAAGUCAUUCCGCAUGUUGUCAGUCUGAAUCAGUCGGCCUUUGUUGCAGAGAGACAAAUUACUGAUAACAUCUUGGUGGUUCAUGAAAUCCUGCACUCCCUUAAAAUAGCUCGGGGUUCGGAUAUACAAUUCAUGGCUAUGAAACUGGAUAUGGCUAAGGCGUAUGAUAGAGUGGAGUGGGUUUUUCUCGAGGCCAUGAUGGAGAAGCUAGGUGUCUUGCUCAAUGGUGAGCUGUUAGGGCAGAUUGCUCCAUGUCGGGGACUGAGGCAAGGGGAUCCCUUGUCACCGUUCUUGUUUCUUAUUUGUGAUGAAGGGCUCACGGCUUUGAUACGACGGCAGGAGGAAAGGGGUCUGGUGCAUGGCUUCCAAUUUCGGGAUAGGGGGUUUCAAUCUCUCACUUAUUUUUUUGCUGACGAUUCUGUAUUGUUUUGUCGAGCGAUGGAGCGGGAGGCGAGAAGUUUGCUAACAGUAUUGGAGGAUUAUGCGGCUGCCUUGGGCCAAAGCAUUAAUUUUGAAAAAAAUGUCCUAGAAGAUUGCGUAGGAAUAUGCCUGAGUUGUUGCAUAUCCAAGGGAAGGACGGGUUUGAUUUUUGACUCGGUACGCCGGAACAUUAGUGCUCGGCUUCAUGGAUGGGCUAAGCAAUUUUUAUCCACUGCCGGGAAGAAGGUGUUAAUCAAAGCAGUGGCUAUGGCAAUGCCAAAUCAUGCUAUGUCAUGCUUUAAAUUACCGGUACAGAUGUGCCGUGAAAUAGUGAGUGAGAUAGCGCGGUUUUGGUGGAAAACUUGGGAGGACCGUAAGCCUAUUCUUUGGGUGGGGUGGAAACAAUUAUCGUUGCUCAAGAAGGAUGGUGGGUUGGGUUUUAGAGAUUUGGUGUGUUUCAACCUUGCUAUGCUGGCGAAGAUUGGUUGGAGGAUUUUGGGCCAGCCUCAAUCCCUUUUGGGGAGGGUGCUGCAUGAUAAAUAUCAUCCAGGUGUGGGUUUUCUGGAGGCCAGGGUUGGGAGGAAAGUGUCUUGGGGAUGGCGAGGGCUCAUGCAGGGGAGACGGAUAUUACUGGCUGGUCUGCGUUGGCGGGUGGGGAAUGGAGAAAGCAUUCAGGUCUCAGAGGACCCAUGGAUACCAACGCCUCACACUUUUAAGACGAGUUCACGACAUCCUGACCUACCCUUGACCGUGGCUGACCUAAUUGAUUCUGAGUUGAAGAUAUGGAGGUGCGAUCUAAUCUCAAGGCUUUUUUAUCCGAAUGAAGCUCGGUUGAUUACAAGCAUGCCAAUCAGUCGGUGGGGCUGCCCCGAUAGAUUGAUGUGGCACUUUCACAAGCAAGGAGUUUACACGGUACGGUCUGGAUAUGAUCUUGCGUUGUAUUUGAAACGGAAUGGGGAAUUAGGCGUUAAAGGGGAUGGGGAAGGUAGCAGGCAGUCCAACCAAGCUGCUAUUUGGAAAGGAAUCUGGCGAUUGCGCAUCCCUCCUAAAAUUCGCACGUUCGUCUGGAAGGCUUGCCGGAAUGCUCUGGUUGUGCGACACCAUUUGAAAAAGAGACGGGUGCCAGUGGACAAUGGAUGUGCUUUCUGUGAUCAUGAGGAUUAA